UAAAAAUAGAUAAGGGCAAUGUCUCCAGAGAGUCCAGAGAAAAUAGGUGAGAAUAAAGCUUUCAUUAGUGAUACGAACGAUGAAAAAACUGAGAAGCGAGAAACGCAGAAAGGUCAGACGAAAACAGGCAACCAGAAAAGAUCCGAUAAAACGAAGUCUAAUACGCAAGAUACAGAUAAACUCAAGAUAGACUCUUCAUCCAAAUCUCUAAUCGAACCUAUAGCGGAAACUUACGCUCAACCAGCAGAGGAAACACAUUUCGCUAAAGAAAACGUGUCGGUACGACAAGCGACAACAGCUAUCUUACUCAGUCCAAAUCGGAUGCCAAAGCUUGAUGGACUACCCUACUGA